AUGGAGGAAGACGAGGCGCCCUCUGGCGAGGGAGGAGCGUGCCCAGCAGAAUGCGGAGAGGCGAUGGGGUUCGCGGCGGCGGCCAUGCACGCGUCGAGCGUCCCUGACGGCGUCGCCGACGACAGAGACGGGGAGGGAGAGGAGGAGGAGGAUGUGCACGAGGAGGCCUUCGAGGCCCCUUCUCCCGGCCGCGAAGGCGACCAGCCGGCGUUUUCGCCGGGGCGGGAGCAGGAGGAAGACGAGGAGCUGCUAGACGACGACGAGGAGCCCGCAGACGCGGGCUUUGACCGCGAGACGCAAGAGGACGAAGAGAAAGUGGACUUCAGCGCCGACGAGCAUGGUCCGGAGGACGGCAAGUCUUCGCACGGCAUACGCCCGCUCUCAGGUGGCGAGGAGGAGAGAGACGACGGAGAGGAGGAAGAGGAGACUGGCUCGGCUGCGGACGACGGAGCGGGCGACGACGACGCCAUGUCCUCUUCCUCACACCCGGAGAGAGGCCGCCCCUCACACGACCACGGCUGCGACGCGGAAGACGACGACGGGCCUGCGCAGGGCUCGAGCGGCCUGUCGCAUGCGCCGCGCGCGUCGGCUGCGUCUGAGCGCGUCUCCGCGGCGCUUGCAGACAUCGCGACGUUGUGCGAGCCCGACAGUGACGAGGAAGGCGAGAUUAGCGAGGACGAAGUCCCCUUCUGCCGCGUCACGCCGCAGAAUCCCUCGUUCCGUUCGCGCGCCCUCGAGUUCCUCAAUCUCCCCCCAAACCUCACCCACCUGGCGCUGCAGGAGGCCCUCAGUCGCGUCGGCGAAGUCGAGGAAGUUGUCAGCUCGCGCUUCUCUUCCGCAGGGGCCCAUCACUCGAACGCCCAGGAUGGCACUAAGGGCGAUUCCUCGAGGCGAAGGUCAGGCUGGAUUGUGCGGUUUAGGCGCGCGGAGGACGCGGCAGAAGUCCGGAAGGCCUUCGACGGAAAAGUCUUCGGCAAGAGUACCGUUCAGGUCCUCUUUGCUCGAGACAUGCCUCGAAACCAGAAAAACCGAGCUGGGAACCAGCUGAGCCCCGACAAUGCAAAGAGACAACUAGGCAAAGGUGGCGCAAACGCGGCCAACGGACCCAACCUCCGCAAUCGCCAGUCUCCGCCGCCACCGGGAGCGCCUGGAGCUGGGGCUGGAGCCCCAGGGCCUGCCGGGGCCGCGGGCCUCCUGCCUCCAGGCGCGGGAGGGCCUUCCCCGGUCGGCGUCGCGGGCAUGCCCGCAGGCGCGGGCGUACGCUCCCCACUGGGCCCCCCGCCCCCCUUCCCGCCGCGGCCCGGCGUGGUCGGGCAGGGCCCAGGAGGUGCCGGCGUUCCUCCUGGGCCUCCGGGGCCACCUGGUGCGCGGGCAGGGCCUCCACACGUGGCAGGCCCAGGCGGCGUCGUCGGGCCUCCUAUGGGAGGGCCGAUGCCACCAAACCUUGUUGGCGGGCCGUUGGGGCGUCCGCCUCCGGGCUACGGGGCGGGACCUAUGGGUAUUGGAGGACCGCCGCCGCCACCCCCUCCACCCGCCCCCAUGAUGGGGCGCGGGGGCCAGCCGGGCCCCUGCUGCCCGCCGCCGCCUCCGCCGCAGCAGCCGGGGCCUAGCGGUGUCGUUGAGGGCAGACCGGGAGGCGGAAAGGCGAUUUUGCGGCCGCGUCCCGACGCAGGGGCCUUGAAGGGCCGAGGCGAGGGAGACGCUGCGGGCGCGGCCCAGGGGGCCAGCGACACGAAAGUGAGGUUGACGCCCAGAGAAGAAGGCCCUGCGACAGGAGAUCAAGGCGGAGAAGAUGCGAAGAGCGAUGCGGCGGCGCGGUCCGGGGCCCGGGGACGCUUUGCUGGCCCGCCGGGCAAGGUCGGUGUCGGCGGUACGACUGGCCCCCGGGAGAGACUUACAGCCGAGCAGCGGCUCGAAUGCCCUGUGUCUCUCUGGAAGGAGAAAAUGACGAUCGAAGAGCAGAUGAAUGAUUACAGAGAGUUGUGGAGGAGAUUUGGCUACACUAACAGAUAUCUGUUGCUGAGCAACAUUCCGCAGUCGCUGUUGAGCAUGGAAGCCAUGACUGAGUGGCUAGGAAAGAUCACCGGCGAAAUGGACUUUGAUUUGGAGUUCAUUCCGCCGCUCCCUGCGGCGGACAAGCCUGACGGUGGUGCUGAGCCGAAGGGCGCGGAAGCGCAGGGCGAGGAUACGGAAGAAGGCCGGGAGGCUGACCUCUCAAAGGGCGAGGAAGGCGCGGGCGACAAGGCAGACGGUAGGGGAGGAAGAGACGCCGACAUGGCCAGUCCGCGCUCGCAGGCGGCGGAGAAGGGCGAUUCCGCGGGUGCAGAGGAAGACGAGGCGGACGCGCAUCCGCAGGGGGACCGUGAGGGCGAGGGCGCUCAGCAAGGUGAAGAAGAGCAAGAGGCGAUGGAGAAGGAGGCGGGCGAUCGGUCCCCCGAGCAUGAGGAAGGCUACGGAGGGCCGGAGGACGGCAAGGAGGACGCGCACGCAACCGCAGAAGGCAGCGGGCGCGGGAUGGGGGAUGAGGACACGAAAGAGGAGGCGCCGCAUUCUCCUAAUGAAGGCACCGUUGGUGUGGCGAGGGAAGACGCCGAAGAGGGCGAGCCGGCCCGAGCAACGGGGGGCGCGCAAGAAGAGUCCCCGAAUCACCUCGACGCAGCCGACCCCACAGGGCCCGCGGGCGCGUCGGGCGCCAGAGGCAGCACAAGCGGAGAGGACCAGGAAAACAUCGCGCCCGAAGCUGCGGAGCUGGCAGACCAGGGGGAAAAGAGACAGGAGCAGGGGGAGAAGACAGGCGAGCAGGACGCUAGCGGGAACGCCGAGGCGCAGAUCGCAGAAGGGGAAUCGCAUCAGCAGGGAGAGGCGGAGGCCUCGAUGGCGACUUCAGCAGCAGGGACUGAGGUCGUGGCUCACAUCACGUACCGGACGAAGAAGGCGUGUAUGGCGGCCCAGAAGAAGCUCGAGCUCAACGACCUGGGCAUCGAGAUUGAGCCUGCUGGCCCCCGCAGGCCGAACAGCGUUCUCUGGCUUGGAAAUGUUCGCGAGUUCAUGUGCAAAAAGCCGGAACAGGACCGGUUGAGAAGUUUGUUCGAACACUUUGGAGAAGUCGUUCGUUUCCGCCUCCUUGCGGAGAAGACCUGUGGCUUUGUGCACUACCGCAGAACGAGAGACGCCGUCAAGGCCCGGAACCAUUUAUACGGUCUCCUUGUCGGCCGGGAAAUCUAUCUGAACGUGGAUUUCUCUCCGCUGGACCCCCACGCACAGCAUUCCGCGGGCGGCGCGGACGGGUCAUCGUCGGCCAUGGGCGCCCGAAGAGGCAAUCGCCAUCAGCGCUCUCGCAGUCCUUCCCCGUCUUCCUCUCGAUUCCGCGGCGGAUCCUCUCGUCGGGGACAGAUCGCUGCCGCAGCAGGCAGCAACGCUGGAGCUGGAGGAGGUCACUUUGCUGGUUCCCACGCCCCCUCUGCGGGCGACCCUCGUCUUGUUAACCUCUCUCCAGUUUCGCCUCCGCCUCACUCGAUGGGCGGCGUGCAUCCGCCGUCGCCCGGCUCCGCGGGGCCAGGCGGCGCUAUGGGGUGCCGCGGUCCCCAGUUCCCUGGUCCCAGACCCCUCGACGGACCUCCGGGCCCGUCCGCGGGCGGGCCCGUGCCCUCGUCGAUUCCGCCGCCGCCGGGCUGCCCGUGGGGAGGAGGCGGGCUUGGGGCGCAACCGAGCGCCAAAAGGCCGGGCCCGAAUGCGGGUGGAGUGCAGGGCGGCGCGGGCGGCGCGCCGUUUCCGCCGCAUCAUCCGCUGCCUCCUCCUCCAGGGUCUCCGUAUGCGAUGCCAGCAAAUGCGGCGCCGGGUUUGUUGCCGCCAGGAGGCGGCCCCGGAGGCCCGGGGCUGAUCGGCCCGGCUGGCCUUCGGCGGAAAGACGGAAAAGGAGGGAUGUUCGUAGAGGGCCCCGGCGGAGGGCCUCUGCCCCCUGGCCUCGGCGGCGGAGCUUUCGGUCGAGGCCCCUCAGACGAGGAAGGCGCGGCGGGCGCCUCGCAGUCCCACGCGGCGGGGCGGAAGGGCGAGCUCUCCUCCGCGUCUUCUGACCCUCUCAUGGACCUCCUCCGCGGUGACCCCAGUCUGCUGGACUCCAUGAUCCUCGAUCUCGCGAAGGAGCGCCUGAAGGCAGAGUUGUUUUCCAAGGAAGAGGCGGGCGCGCCCUCCGGAGCUCAUACCUCGAGAGCGGGCCGGGAUGCGGCGGCGAAGCGCGGAGACGCGGGCUUCUCCUCGCCGGACGACCAAGUUGGCGGGCGGAAGGGCCCAGGGAGCAAGGGCGACGACCGUGAGAGACACGGACCCAGUCUGGGCUCCUCGGAAGGAGGCAGUGAGGGAGCCAGGCGACGACGGUCGCUCGAGAGGAACGAGGACGAGUUCUUACCCUUCUCGCAUCUUCGCGAUGGACAUGAUGAGCGCGGGAAAGGCAGGCCGCAUAUGGGAGGCGAUCGCGACGAGGCGCGACGCGGCGGAAUCCGCGGCCGGGGCUACAUGCUGGACAGCAGACAGGGCCGCAUCGGCUCUGGCUCGUACAUGAACGGCGAGUCUGAGGAAGCGAUGGGUCAUCACGGCAGGGAGAGAAGGAACUCCAGGGAGAGGGAACGGGAACGCCCAAGAGGCGUAAUGUCCGCUCUUGGCGACCUCCCGCACGCUCAAGGAGCGGGCCUCGAGGGCCCGGGGGGGAGAGAGGCAGGGGCCGGGGCGAUAGACGGGGACGAAACAGGUACACGCACCCUGGAGGCGGCGGCGCGGGCAGCAGCCCCAGCCGAAGUCGCAGCCGAGGCAGCGACGUGGGGGAGCGAGGCGGCUCGGGAUAUUAUUCAAGUCGCUUUGAGGAGGGUCUCCUGGGGCGAGGCGAAUCAGACAGGCACGGCGCCUUGA